ACGGUGCAAAAGAAGAAGAGGCGGGUCGUCGCUUGUGAAUGACGUCACCAUAAUUCACGUGUGGGUCUUUUGCUAUCAGGCAGCUUGUUUAUAAAGUAAAAUUACUCCCGUAACAUAACGACUGACAAGGAGAAGCGAGUAUGGCGUCCAGCUGUCGACGACCCGAACACUCAGCUCCUCCAGAUGUGUUCUACAACGAAGAGGAGGCCAAGAAGUACUCCCAAAACUCUCGAAUGAUUGAGAUCCAGACCCAGAUGUCAGAGAGAGCUGUGGAGCUUUUGAGCCUGCCAGAGGGACAGCCCUGCUUCUUGUUGGAUGUUGGGUGUGGCUCCGGUCUCAGCGGAGAUUACCUGUCAGAAGAGGGACACUACUGGGUCGGAGUCGACAUCAGCACCGCGAUGUUGGAUGUUGCACUGGACAGAGAGGUGGAAGGAGACCUCGUACUGGGAGACAUGGGCCACGGGAUGCCGUUCAGACCUGGUACCUUUGAUGGUUGCGUCAGUAUCUCUGCCCUGCAGUGGCUUUGUAAUGCAGACAAAAGGACGCACAGUCCCCCAAAGAGACUCUACACCUUCUUUAGCACUCUGUACUCAUGUCUGUCAAGAGGCUCGCGUGCAGUUUUUCAGCUUUAUCCUGAGAACUCAGAACAGCUCGAGCUGAUAACGACACAGGCCAUGAAGGCAGGUUUCAGUGGAGGCAUGGUGGUGGAUUACCCCAACAGCGCAAAAGCAAAAAAGUUCUUCCUGUGUCUGUUUGCGGGUGUAGCAGGAGUUCUUCCCAAAGGACUGGGAUCAGAAACUUCAGACAAAGCUGUUCCAAACCAGGUUCAGUACUCAGGCCAAAGAUGUCGUUUCAGAAACAUGAAGGGAAAAUCGCUGAAGAAGGGACGAGACUGGAUCCUGGAGAAGAAGGAGAGGAGGAGGAGACAGGGACGGGAGGUUCGAGCCGACACUAAAUACACUGGACGUAAGCGAAGACCUCAUUUCUAGCUCUGACUCAUGCAGCUGCGCCUUCAUUAGCCCUCCUCUCUACCACACGCACACACACAGCCACCUCUGGAACUGCAGAGUGUUUGGACUCUGAUUUAUUUUUCAGCUCUUUAAUUCAAGUGGAUGUGAUGCAAGAGCAAAAUGCAAUUACAGCCAGUCGUUUUUAUAUUUGGUCGAGUGUUCCUCGCCAAAAGCGGUGAGAUUGCACUCACAAUGUUCAGUUUGGCUGGAAGUACAUGAACAAAUGUGUGUGUACUCACAGCUGGUGGCAAAAACCACAGCGAAGAAAAAGCAAAACCGUAUAAAUAAAUCAAAGCAAUUUUAUAAGUGGCCAUAUCUUUGUGGUUUAUUGUAUUAUCUGCAAUGUUUUCUCAAUUAAAACUAAACAAAAAAUGUA